ACACGCACAGGACCCACAGCAGCUCCAGGGGCCCAGGUUCCAGCCGCCCGAGCAGGUGCCUGCAGCCAUGUUGGCCCUCAGCCUGGUCGUCCUGAGCCUGCUCACGGCAGUGCCCCCCGCCAGCUGUCAACAAGGCCGGGGGAACCUGCAGCCCUGGAUGCAAGGCCUUAUUGCUGUGGCUGUGUUCCUGGUCCUUGUCGCAAUCGCCUUUGCUGUCAACCACUUCUGGUGCCAGGAAGAGCCGGAGCCUAUAAACAUGGUCAUGACCAUUGGAAACAAAGCAGACGGGAUCCUGGUGGGAACAGAUGGCAAGUACUCCUCAAUGGCAGCAAGCUUCAGGUCCAGUGAGCAUGAGAAUGCCUAUGAGAACAUCCCAGAGGAGGAGGGCAAGGUCCGCAGCACCCCGAUGUGACCCCUGCUUGCCUGUCCAUGCCAGCCCCCUCCCUCUCUCUACAGGGAUCAGCAGGAAGGGGCCUGCCUUCUCCACCCCCACGUCUGUCCCACCCUCCUGCCAAGGUCCACGCUCAGACUGUGUCCAGGCUGGGGCUCAUCUGUGGCCUUGAGGUUCUAGGGGGUCUCCUGCCCAAUUCAUUUCGGAAGACUCUUCUGAAAAAGACAAUCAGCUCAGCACCUCUCAUCCUGCCUCACAUCUCCCUCCCCCGACCAUGGCAAGGGCCCUUAUUUCUGUGAAAUAAAGACAUUUUGUA